UCAAAUUGAACGAAUUUUUUUGGAAAGGGGUUAGCUCCAAGAAACCCAUGAAUAAAAAGGUCAACAAUACACGGUCCGACCCGAAUAUACUUAGCCCAUUCCAAUCCAACAACCCAUCCCAGUUUCUAAAACACUCUUUUUUCUUUCCUUCUUCUGCAAUUUUACAUAAGAGCACCACCGCAUUCAACUGUCAAACCGAACCAUUUAUUCUACUCUGUCUCCAUCACCUCAGGAAAAUGGGGGGUUCUGUGAAUGGUGGGACUGAUUUUUCAUCAGAGAUGGAAGUUGAUGCUUUCAGAAGACUUUUUCCGUUACGGUUUCACGAGCGGCAUUUGCUCGAGUCUGUACGGCCUGAUGCUAGGCCACUUGGUAAAGCUAGAGAAACUUCUUUGGCUUUAGGUGCAGUGGCAUCUGCAGAUGGAUCAGCACUAGCAAAGAUAGGCUGUACAACUAUGUUAGCUGCCAUAAAAAUGGAAGUCAUGACUCCUGCAAAGGAAGCACCAGAUGAAGGCUGCAUAGCUAUAGAUUUCCACAUGCCUCCAAUUUGUUCUCCACUUGUUAGACCUGGCAGACCUGCUGAAGCUGCACCUGUUAUAUCAAAGCAGUUAUCUGACACUAUUGUAAAUUCUGGAAUGAUUGAUUUAAAACAGUUGUCGUUGGUCAGUGGCAAAGCUGCAUGGAUGGCAUACCUGGAUAUAUAUUGUUUGGAUGCCGAUGGUGCUCUUUUUGAUGUUGCUCUACUUGCUGCAGCAGCUGCUUUCUCCCAUUUGCAAAUUCCGGUGGUGUCGUUGAAUGAAGAUGGAAGAAUUGUGGUUGUUUCUAAGGAAAACGGAGAGAAACUUAAAAACAAACCAGUGAAUGAGGAGAAGAGGAAGCUUAAGCUAACAAACAUUCCUUUUGGAUUAACGUGUAUACUUAACAAGAAUUACAUCCUAGCUGAUCCAACAGCUGAGGAAGAAUCCAUCAUGGAAACAAUGAUGACCGUAGUAUUGGAUUCAUCAUGUCAACUGGUGUCUUUUUACAAGCCAGGCGGUCCUGCUCUUGCCUAUGAGUCCGUAAUACAGGAUUGUAUUGCAUUGUCAAGACAAAGAGUAAAAGAGCUUCAGGCAAUCUUGAAUGAAGCCAUUUCUGAUAUGGAGGUGGAUUAGCUUAAUUAGAAAGAUUCUCAAAGCAUCGUUUUUGUUUUUUCUUCUUAGCUUUUGACUUUUUAUCCUUUUUCCCAGAGGCUUAAUCACCAAUUUAAUAGCAUCUAUUUGAUAAUGACGCUUCUUCAUUGCUAAACAUAUUGGUGUUUCUCUAAGCCUUGUAAAAUAGCGGCCUUAGAGUAGAAUUUUGGUCUGAAUUUUUGGAACACACUCUUAUAAGUUAACUAUGCUUUGCAACU